AUGUCCAAGGCCACUCUGAGCAUGGGAGUCUUAAUCAGGGUGUCCAAGGACUAUACACAGCUGCAGUCCCGUGUGGCUACCCAGCGGGGUCAGUGCGCCCCGGCCCGCGCCUUCCGCUUCCCCUUCUGGACCACCCAGCACUCAGCCUCCAUGCUGACCUUGGGUGGGAGCCCUCCCAGAGUCCUGGGGGGGCCGCGCUGGCUUCCUCACGGUCCUGCCUUCGCCCCACCUUUGCAGGACCCCUUUGUGGCAUUCCACAUCAACAAGGGCCUGGUGAGGAAGUACAUGAACUCGCUCCUGAUCGGAGAGCUGGCUCCGGAGCAGCCCAGCUUCGAGCCCACGAAGAAUAAAGAGCUGACCGAUGAGUUCCGGGAGCUGCGGGCGGCCGUGGAGCAGAUGGGGCUCAUGAAGGCCAACCGCGCCUUCUUCCUGCUGCACCUGCUGCACAUCCUGCUGCUGGACGCGGCCGCCUGGCUCACGCUGCGGGCCUUCGGGACGUCCUUCGUGCCCUUCGUCCUCUGCGCGGUGCUGCUCAGUGCAGUUCAGGCCCAGGCUGGCUGGCUGCAGCACGACUUCGGGCACCUGUCUGUCUUCGGCACCUCUAGGUGGAACCACCUGCUACAUCAUUUCGUGAUCGGCCACCUGAAGGGGGCCCCCGCCAGCUGGUGGAACCACAUGCACUUCCAGCACCACGCCAAGCCCAACUGCUUCCGCAAAGACCCAGACAUCAACAUGCACCCCUUCUUCUUCGCCUUGGGGAAGAUCCUCUCUGUGGAGCUUGGGAAACAGAAGAAAAAGUACAUGCCGUACAACCACCAGCACAAAUACUUCUUCCUGAUUGGGCCCCCAGCCUUGCUACCUCUCUACUUCCAGUGGUACAUCUUCUACUUCGUUAUCCAGCGGAAGAAGUGGGUGGACCUGGCCUGGAUGAUCACCUUCUACGUCCGCAUCGCCCUCACUUACCUGCCGUUGCUGGGGGUGAAGGGCCUCCUGGGCCUUUUCUUCGUGGUCAGGUUCCUGGAAAGCAACUGGUUUGUGUGGGUGACACAGAUGAACCAUAUCCCCAUGCACAUUGACCACGACCAGAACAGGGACUGGGUCUCCACCCAGCUCCAGGCAACGUGCAACGUGCACAAGUCGGCCUUCAAUGACUGGUUCAGUGGGCACCUCAACUUCCAGAUUGAACACCACCUUUUCCCCACGAUGCCGCGACACAAUUACCACAAAGUGGCUCCCCUGGUGCGCUCCCUGUGUGCCAAGCACGGCAUCGAGUACCAGUCCAAGCCCCUGCUCGCGGCCUUCGCGGACAUUGUUCGCUCCCUGAAGGAGUCGGGGCAGCUCUGGCUGGAUGCCUACCUUCACCAAUAACAGCAGCCCCCCUCCCGGAAGAGGAGCCUCCGGAGCCAACGCAGAAGGAAGCCCCAGGGACAGGCCACUACAAUCCUAACAUCCAGAGGGGGGCGGUUUGAGGAGAUCAAGGCUCGGGCUCAAACCCCUCCCCUUGACCUUCUAGGCAGAUUUAGGACCCAAAGAGGGAGGGGAACAUGACAGCCCCUGGAGGAAGGGUGGAGCUGUUAGGGCAGGGAUGUGAGUUUGUUUCUUUUUUCUAGUGUCAGAUGUAGGUGGUUGGUGAGCAAGAGGGAGUCGGGAAGGUGUGAGAAGAAUAGGGAGGACCAACUGAGCCCAGGAAUCAGGAAGUUUAGCAGUAAAAUUCCACCCAGAAAGGGGUGAGCUCAUCUUCCUGGUCCACUCCACCCUCCUUUGCAAACCUGAGGUCCGCAGGGUGGAGGGAGGUGGAGCAGCUGAACCUUUGGAGCCAGACUUAGGAAGCAUCAGUGCUUAGAACUCGGAGGCCAGCCUCACGCAGUGCCUGGGGGCUCAGCCCACUCUAGCGCCACCAAGUCUGUGACCUCCAAGAGCCUCAGGUUCCUGGAGAAGCAAUUUCUCCACUUGCAGAAGCACGCAGGGCAAAGGCCGGCUGCGGUACGGAAGACAUCUGGCCCCGAAGGAUCCUGCUGAUGUUGGUCCCACGUUCCACCCAGAGUCCCAAGGGAGCAUUAGGUCCUGGGUCCUGCCAAAAUGUCAGCAGAGUUACUGGCCAUUAAGACUCCCUUCGGCUUUUCCCCUCUGACCAGCACCUAAGGAGUGACAAUUCCCAGGACAGGGCGUCCACUUCCUGCUCCAUCAGCAAGUGAGCAGACGGGGCACCUUGAUUUUCUCCUCCUCAGAGACAAACGGGGGCCUAUUGGGUUCUUUGCUUCCCUCUCUGUAACGCCAAGUUUAAUACAACAGCGUCCGUGAGCACAAGGGGCCAAGCGGGGAGACACCGACCCAGCAGGCAGGAGGGGACCCAGGGCUGAUGGUAGAGAAGAUGGGGCUGGAAGAAUGCCCUUCAUGUGGGUCAUCUACAGCAUCACUCUGAGCAGGAGCAGUGGGGCUCAGUGUAAUCGCUUCCUAGCUCUAAACCAGAAACGGAGUAAACACACAGAAGUUCGUGGUCAUGGGAUCGUCUGUUGCUGUCGUUAGGCAUCUCACUGUCAGCUCUGUUCAAGGGUCUCUCUCUGCUGGAGACCAGGUAGGAAUUUAGGAUGGUCUCUCAUUAGUUUAAUACAGAGAUGCCAAUUUUUUAAAUCUGCUUUUUAAAAGAGAAAGUUUAACCCAUCUCUAGAGAGCAAGCAGCAGUGUGCCCCAGGAGCCGGGCCUUAACUGCAGGACUUGUCAUCAGCGUUCACACCCUCUCUGCUCCCUGCACCCGUGCCAUUCAGCACCCACCCCGGGCGGAUUGAGCCUUCGGGGCCCCGGGAGAGUUGGCUGUUCGUUUUGGGAGACGUUGGGAGGGGACUAGAGGCACCACCUGUGGAAAGGAUGUUGUGAUUAGAGGUUUGUCAAAACAAAAAAAUGUAAAAAACAGAGAAAUGGGGGGAACAGGUAACAGGAGUUCGGAUCUUUUUCAUUUGGGCAGAACCUGGUUUAAAUUAGACGCACAAUUGAAGCAUUGGCUUCCUCACUCCAAAAUGGGUGCUGACCCCCCGCCCCCCAAUUCCCCGCUACCUGAGGUGGGUGUGGUGUCACCAGCUGCCAAGCUCUCCGGCUUUGGGCCCAGGCUGAGCAAACCCAGCGAAGCUACCUGAGCCAAGCCCAGGUCCUCAAAGCACCUCAAACGUGUGGCCUUCUCCUGAGCCUGGGCCAGUGUGGUCUCAUGGCCACUAACGGACACACCGGUGACAAAGGGCUCCGAUGGUCACGGUGGGAACAUGAGUGAUCUCAAAUCCCAUGACAGCUGAGGAGACAGGCUGAGAUAGAACAAGUCGCCUCCCGUCACAGAUUGUGGCAGAACUAACAUUUGAACUCACUUUUGAAAAACUCCCAAUGUUUGCGUUAGUCACUUUCAUCUUCCCCCCCACUUGGCCAGAGGCAUUUUCUGUAACCAGGCCCAGCAUCGCUAUCCUUCUGUACCUGCCAACUUUGUUACCACAUCCUGACGGAGGAAAGCUGAAAAAUAAAGCAGAUUUUGACCAAA